AUGCAGCAAGUACCGGAAGCCCCUCCAGGCUUUUACCUAAAGACAGAAUUCAUCACGUCGGAGCAAGAGGCGCAGCUUCUCAACAUUUUCCGCAAUGAACUCGUCUGGCCCAUCAGGUCCGAAGCCCCACAAGAAAAACAUGGACGUCUUGGUUUGUCACCAAAUCUCCCGCCGUCCAGGCUGUCGCUUCACUACGGACAUCACUUUUGCUACAAGUUCUUUGGCAUCGACACUUCGAUUCCCUAUGUUCCGUUCCCGCCGUGGUUGAAGGCAGUCCUUCCUUGGUUCUGCCCUUCCUCGCCAAAUUAUGAUCCCGCCUCGGUUAAGGACUACCAUCUCGACAUGCCCGCCAGAGACCCAGAGCAGGUCUGUCUGCAGUACUACCCGCCGGGAGCGGGCAUCCCGCCGCAUGCUGAUACGCACAGUGCAUUUGAGUCGCUAAUGGGCUUGAGCCUGGGGAGCGGCGUGGCCAUGGAGUUUCGGCGGCGGCAUGCCAAGACAGGUGAUGCUAGGCCGUCUGGCACUAUUGGUACAGAUGGCAGCGAUCAAGACUGGGAUUGGGACAAACGCGAAGUAUUUGUUCCACCGCGCUCCCUGUAUAACAUGUCUAGUGAUAGCCAAUAUCACUUCCAGCAUGGCAUCAAGAAGCGCAAGAACGACCGUCUCAUUAUGCCGGCCCCUGAGGACUCGAGUGAUGGAGCGUCACACAAGGUUGUCCGUCGGGGUGAACGUUUUUCCAUCACUUUCCGCUGGGUUCGCAACCCAGCCGUGUGCGAGUGUGGGGACGAGUGGCUUUGUGACACGGCCAUGAGGAGAAAUGGCGUCGAGAGGGUGCUGAGGUGGAAAGGGGAUGCGAGCAACAACAAGUCAUGA